AUGCAAGCAGAGGAGAAAGGGCCUUCUGAUGGAAGAGAUGAUUACACACAAGAUGGAACAGUUGACCUUAAAGGCGGACCGGUGCUAAGAUCAAGAACUGGAGGAUGGAGAGCUUGUUCCUUCAUUGUUGGUUAUGAAAUUAUGGAAAGAAUGGCCUACUAUGGGAUUGCAUCAAACCUAGUGUUGUAUUUGACCAAUAAACUUCAUGAAGGCACUGUCAAAUCCUCCAAUAAUGUCACCAAUUGGGUUGGAGCUGUUUGGAUGACACCCCUUCUGGGAGCUUACAUAGCAGAUACUCAUCUCGGUCGAUAUUGGACCUUCAUCAUUGCCUCCAUUAUUUAUCUUGCAGGCAUGUGUCUAUUGACACUAGCAGUGUCUCUGCCAUCUUUGAGGCCGCCACCCUGUGGAGGGGAAAAGAAAGAUGGGAGCUGUGACAACCAUGCAUCACCACUACAAAUUGGUGUUUUCUAUGGUGCACUUUACAUUAUAGCCAUAGGAACAGGCGGAACCAAGCCAAAUAUCUCCACCAUGGGAGCAGACCAGUUUGAUGAUUUUGAGCCUAAAGAAAGGCAUCACAAGUUAUCAUUCUUCAACUGGUGGAUGUUCAGCAUCUUUGUUGGUGUGCUUUUUUCCAACACUUUCCUUGUCUACAUACAAGACAAUGUGGGGUGGGAUGUUGGUUAUGCCCUUCCAACCGGUGGCCUUGCUAUUUCCAUUAUAGUGUUCGUCAUAGGCACCAGGUAUUAUAGACACAAACCUCGGUCUGAGAGUCCUAUGACUAAAAUGGCUAAGGUUCUUGUGGCUACUGCAAGGAAGUGGAAUGUGAAAGUUCCUGAGGAUCCAAAAGAACUUUAUGAGCUGAGCAGAGAUGAAUAUUCAAAACCAGGAAAAAUCAGAAUUGAUCACAGCUUUUCUCUGAGCUUUCUUGACAGGGCAGCAGUUAAGGCUGGUUCUGAGUCCCCUUGGAUGCUAUGUCCAGUAACACAAGUAGAAGAAACCAAGCAGAUGAUGAAAAUGAUUCCCAUUUUAGUAACUACAUUCAUACCAAGUAUAAUGAUUGCACAAAUAAGUACGCUUUUUGUCAAACAAGGGACAACUUUGGAGAGGCAUAUUGGUGAUCAUUUCAAAAUUCCACCGGCAUCUCUAGGAGCAUUCGUUACGAUUUUCAUGCUGAUCAGUAUUGUCAUUUAUGACCGCUUAUUUGUUCCUCAAAUGCGAAAAUACACAAGGAAUCCAAGAGGUAUCAGUCUGUUACAAAGAAUGGGGAUCGGCUUCUUCUUACAAAUAAUUACCAUGAUCGUUGCUAGCUUUAUGGAGAGGGAAAGGCUGAAAGUUGCCAGGAAUCAUGGUGUCUUUGGCAAAGACCAAAUUGUUCCUCUCUCCAUCUUCAUUCUCCUACCUCAAUUUGCUCUUAUUGGCGUUGCAGACAGCAUGGAAGUUGCAAAGCUUGAAUUCUUCUACGAUCAAGCCCCAGAAGGAAUGAAAAGUCUGGGGACUGCAUACUUUACAACAAGCAUAGGAGUGGGAUUCUUCAUGAGCAGUUUUGUCCUUACCAAAGUUGCUGAGGUUACAAAGAGAGAUGGUCACAAGGGAUGGAUCUUAAAUAACCUCAAUGAAUCUCGAUUAGACUACUACUAUGCGCUUUUGGCCCUCUUGGGCUUUAUCAAUUUCCUUCUCUUUCUGGUUAUCGCAAAAUUCUACAGCUAUAACUUCGAUAUUACAGAAAGGAAAAUAGAGUUGCAGGGAGCAGAGAUGUCACCCAGGAAGCCUGAUGCAGAAUCCAUAAUGAGAUUGCAGUAA